AUGGUCCACGCUGGAGCUGGCGGUUUGGAUACGCCACGAACAAAUGUAGGAGACACCACAUUUACCUCAAAGCAAUUCGACUUCGACAUAUCACAAGAACCAUCUUUUCAAUCACCUUCGAAGGACAGGAACAAUUUAGUCCACCAAAUGCGGAAGGGUGGCCGCGGCGCCAUCAAAACCCCAAGAGGUCGUGUUGCGCUGGGUGAUCGACGCAAUCUCCCAGCAGGACUCGGAGGUGGAGAAUUUACGCCAUUACUCAAAAGUGCUACGAGAAACAGUGCUUUACGGAACGGCAAAGAAAACAAUGCACUACAAACUCCAGCCUUCCUGAAUGGAGGGGGCUUGGGCAACAUCCCGGAGGACCUACCAAGCCAUGGCAGUUCUGUAUAUGGCGACUCGCGACUCGAUUAUACCGUAGCGGGUACGCCUGCGCCUCAACUGGAAAGCAGCAGCGUGUCAUCUACACCUAUGGCGUUACUACCGCGGCGAAACGAGGGGCCAGCCCUAUUGCAUGACAGCAAUCCGUUAUCAUUAAGAGAGCAGGAAAAUCACAUAUCCAAGAUUGAGAAAGAAAACUUUGCCCUCAAGCUGAGAAUCCACUUCAUGGACGAGCAAAUGAAGAAGAUGGGGCCUGGAUACAGUGAAGCAGCGUUUAAAGAAAAUACGGAACUCAAAGUGGAUAAAAUCACAAUGCAGAAGGAACUAAUUCGAUAUCGGAAAACCCUGGCUUCUGCUGAACGCGAUUUAGAUACCUACCGACAGCAGGUUGCCGAGAUGCAUGAGAAGGUUAAACAAAGGCAUGUUACAGAGGGUCAAGCAGAAGCCAUGGAUCGGCUCCAACAAGCACUGGAUGAUAGCGAGGCCGAAAUAAACCGUCUGAAACUUCAAGUCAGCAAAUUCGAGGACCUUCAAGGCCAUGUAGAGGAUUUAGAAGCUGAUAUACGCGAAAAAAACCGCCUGAUUGACGACCGCGAGGAUGAGGUAGAAAACCUCAAGGAAGAAGUCGAGAAGCAUCUGGAAAGUAUCUCGCUUCUGAAAGAAGGUAUCAAGAAGGAGCAACGCCGCAACGUCGAAUUGGAAGAGAAUGCUCAAGGCGCCGACGAACUUGAGAAUGCCAGAGAAGAGGUCGAAGAGAUGGAGCGCGAAUUGAAGCGUGUCAAAGACGAGCUGGAAGAAGCAAAGGACGAUCGCCAGGAAGCUAUCAGGGCAAGAGACCGAGCACAGGGAGACCUCGAAGAACUUCAAGAUGAGAUGGCCAAUAAAUCCAUAACAACAAAGGGUCUUAGUCGACAAAUCGAGGAGAAGGUUAACAGACUCCAAGACGAGGUGGAGGAUUUCCGGGAGAAGUACGCUACACUCGAGGAAGACUACGCUGAGCAGGCGCGUGAGGUUGAGCAUCUUCAAACGAAAGUAAACACCUUAAAGACCGAAAAUGAAUCGAACGAGAAGAGCCUUCGCGAGAAACUUAACGUCGCCCAUGCAGAGAGCCGGAAUGCGUCGCAACAACGCGAUAAUUUGAAGAAGCAACUUGAGUCCACUGGAAAUGAUUUGCAGCAGAAAGCGGAUGAGAAGAACCUUCUACAACUUCGGCACGAUGCACUUACACAAGAAUCAAGUAGCCUCCAGAAAGAUCUGGCCAGAUCUCGGAAAGCUAUUGAGGAUCUGGAGGAUAAGUUGGACCAUGAGAAAACUCUCGCUCUAAACAACGAAAGAGAAGUCCGAGAUGAAUAUAAGGGUGAAAUCGAUCGACUCAAUGACGAGAUUGAGGAUUUGCGCUCGGAUGUCCGGGAAAAGAAGCGACUUUAUGAUAACAGCAACAACAAAUGGUCGAAUGAGAAAAACUCACUGAUUUCCCAGAAAAAAGCCUCGGACGAAAGAGCUGAAAACCUACAGCGUGCCAUCGACAAACUCCAACUGGCCGAGGGUAACCUGUCGAGCAAAGAAGCUAAGCUUCUAGACGCUCUAGAGACAGAGAAAGACAGACACGCAAGUGAGGAAGCGAGCUUGAAGCGCCAACUUGAGGAACUAAACGAUGAUGUUAACGAGCGGAGAAAGGCGUUGGAGCAAGCACGAUCUGAGCUUGCGAGCGUUCGUGAGGAGCUCAGACUCAGCCAAAGAGAACAAAAAUGUUUAGCUGAAAAAGUCGAAGGUCUUGAGGAUGAGGUCGAAAUCCUCCAAACGAGCUUGGAUGACGAGAGUGAACAAGCUAACCAUAACAUCGCUGUUGCUAAGAAGGAAUCCGACACUCUUCGAAAACAACUACAGGUUUUGAAGCAGGAGCUCGAAAGGGCUGAAGCUACCGCAAAUGCUGCGCGGAAUGAGAUCGAAGACUUCCAAACCAAUAUUCACGCAGAUAAAGGCAAUAAAGAUGUCCUGAGGAUCACACUCAAGGACGCCGAGGCACAGCUUGCUAAACUACGACUCGAAAAGCAGGCUCUCCAAGACCAACUCACAAGUAUGACUGCGGAAAUGCACGCACUACGGCUUUCCAAGGCAGAGGCUGAAGCAGAGCGGGACGAAGUUCACAGCCAGGUCAAGGCUAUGAAACAGCAAGAGGAAGAAACUUACCGUCUUGAUCAGGAACGUGUUGACCUGCGUACUGCGAAACUGAAGCUUGACAGUGAGGUGCGCCGAUUAAGAGACGAAACCAAAGCUGCUAUUGCACAGCAGGAGUUGGUGGAGCGUGAGCUACAAGAAGAGAUUGACCGUGCCAGUGCAGAAGAAGCUCGGCUUUCUAACGAAAUCCAUGAUCUUCACAAAAUUCUUCGCGGCUCUUCGGAGAAGAAGGAACUUUCAACAGCCAAGAAGACCAUAUCGCAAUUGGAACAACGCAUCCGAGAACUAGAGGCAGAGGUGGAGCAAAGCGGAGAAGCAUACGAUGAAGCCCAAGAACUGUCAAUUGUGCGGCAAGACUUGUCAUCCGCCCGCCGUAAAGAAACGGAGUACCUCCAACGUGAAGCUUCGCACAAGGAAGUUGUUCGCGGCCUUAGGCGUCAGAUCACGGAGCUCGAGCGCAAAGUCCACGACGCGGAGGUAUCUCGUCUGAUAGCUCCAUCACCAGCUUCGUCUGUCAGUGGAUCUGCUCGAAAAUCCGAGAUCAAUGAACUGCGUGCUCAAUUACUCGCCACCCAGGAUUCUUUGAGAGAAGUCCGGUCUCAUCUCAAACGCGUCGAGAAGGACAGCGCAAAAAAGAUCAGCGAUGUCAACAGCGAAUACCAAGCCAGGGUGACGGAGUGGGAAGCAGAAAAGGAUGAGCUCGAACGCUCUCUGGACGAAGCCCAGUUUACAAUCAACGAAUUGACAGCAAAGAAUACUACUUCCGAAGCUAAGGCUUCAAGACUUAGUUCCAAGAUUGGACGACUUGAGAAGGCAUUAGACGCCGAACGUUUGAAUCAUGGUCCAGAUCGAACAAUGGUUUUGGAGCGCAGGGACCUUCACGAGAUGUUGCGGGAAACCCAAGUUCAGGUGGAAACCUUCGAAAUUGAUAUGCAAGAAAAAGACAACACCAUCGCCAUAAUCUCUGCCGCAGAAGCGGAGCUACGCUCUCAGGUCCAACGCGUCCGCGAAGAACGAUCUCACUAUCGGACCGUUGCAACAGCCGCCCAAAACAAGUUGAAGGACUUGGAACGGCGAUUCAGGGAAGCCGAGCACAACUGGGCAUCGGAAAAAAAGAAGCUGAGCAAAAACCGUGCCGAAUUCUCCGGAGCCCAAGUGCAACUUAGUGUUCUUGAACGACAAUUUCUUGAGAUCAGAGAAACUCUUGAAACCGAGAAAAAGCUUGUCGUUGAAUACAGGUCCAAAGCAUCGUCAGCCGAGGCAAAGCUCACCAGUUUGGAGCAGCAGUUCAAAAAUGCCGAGAAGAAAUGGAGCGCUGAAAGGGAGAGACUUAUGCAAAAGCCUUCUGAUUCUUCGGCUUCUCAGAUUGAGCUCAAGGUACUUGAAAGACAAUUCAAGGCUGCUCGGGACAACUGGGAUGCCGAGAAGAAGACAUUGUCUGAGCAUUGUUUCCAUUUCACCUCAGCACAGAUUGAGCUCAAGGCCUUGGGGCAGAAGUUUAAGGAGGCACAAGAAAGCUGGGAAGCCGAAAGGAAGAAGCUUACGAAGGGUUCAGCUUACAUACCACCAAGUGCACUUGCUGCGCAGCAUGAGCUUAAAGCUCUGAAACAAAAGUUCAAAGAUGCCCAAGAGAAAUGGAACAGUGAGAGAGUUGAGCUGGAACAUCGACACAGAGCUUCCAUCGAAAACCAACCGGCGAGUAAGCCUGGCGUAGCAACACUCUCACGACGCUCAUCUAUGCGAAGCCCUACAAAGGAGCUUGCGCACAGACAAGAGGCGACGACUACGGAGAACUACACAUUCGCGGAACACCUACAAAAACGUUCGGAAAGUAGACGCGACUCACACGCUUACCAGAAAACCACUGCUGAAGAUGCUACUGACACAAACUUCACUCAAAACACAUUCCAACUUCAUGACCAAAAACGAAGUGUUGGUGGACAGCCGUUGACAAACUCAAAAGAACCCGUCAGAACAUCCAUUGCUCUGGAAGGAACACCACGUGCGACCAGGAACCAGAAUAUGAGCACGUUCAAUUCCCCGGGGCUUGACGAUGGAUCUCUUAUUCUUAACAUAAAAGAGAUAGAUAGGCUCAUCAACGCUGAUCUUCCGGAUCUAGCCGCGGACUUUGAGGGCACAGCAACAACGAACUUAUCAGUUGGAAAUCCUAGGUCUGAGGGCAACACAUUGACGACGAAUUUCUCUUUCAGAGAUCCUGAUGGCGCAGAUGACACAACCACUACAAAUUUUACUGUGGAAAAUCCAGGUAUUGAAAACAAUACUGGCUCAACCAACUUCACAGGACCAAAUUUCACUAUCAACAAGAAUGCGACGACCACCAAUUUCUUGAUGCGAGGUAAAUCAGUCAGACAGGACACUACUACCAUUCUACUCCCGGAGACUGUAAACAUGACUGGAAGAAACGCUUCGACAACCAUCCUUCUUCCCGACGGCGCGAACUCCUUUGCACUUCAAAAUGCACUAGACGAGCUCGAGCAGCGUUUCACUCAAGCCGAGCAGGCUUGGGAGGAAGAAAAGCGACAAUUCAAACUUCUUGAAACCACCUUUAAAUCCAAGGAAGAAGUAUGGGAGACUGAGCGUCAAAAGCUGACCUCGGGUGUUCGUUUCGUCAACACUUCUCUCUCGACAGUAAACAAUGAGCACGAUUGCGAGGCUCUGAAGAAGCAAUUCAAAGACAAAGAAUACAUUCAUGUCAGAGAGAUGCGCGGCAUGCAACUUCAGGUGGAAUGGCUGCGAGCGAAGUGUCAACGUGAGGAGGGUCUACGAACUCAAUGUGCGUCUGCGAAGAAGUAUAUUGGAAAGCAAAUCGAAAAGUAUAGCAACUGGACUCAAGAAGAUCUAAAACUUAUCGCCCAGAGCAAUCCCAAGUUCCCAGUGGACCGUCGCGUCGUGACGCCCAAGGGCUCAAAGUUACGCAUCGUCGGUAAAGCGAUUUGCGCUACCAUUCGUAUGCAGAAGAUGGCAGCAAACUGGAAGCUCAACACGAAGCUAAGGGAUAAAUUGCUUGCGCAAUCUAAGAAGCAGAGGAAGAUGGCGAAGGAGGCGGAUGUUAGUAUACUCGUGUGA